GCCUGCUACUGCUGAGGUGGCAGUUUCCUGCGCGCUACAGGAGACUGAGGCAUGCCCUGUGGCCCUCACUUCCAGACCUUCACCGGGUCCUAGGCCAGUACCUUAGGGACAGUGCGGCCCUGAGUCCGGCUCGCCUUUCCCUUCUCUGAAGGGCUCAAGUGCUUCGGGUCAUUUCACCGAGUCCUGCGAGUAGGUACCAUAAACAUGAUCCACUGGUAGGCGUUACGUGAGCACUUCCUCGGGAUCUCUGACCCUCAAGCGAACGAGGCCGAUCCCCGCAGCGGGGAACCCAGAAGAAUGAAUGGAAGCGACUCGGGAACGCGGAAGCAACGCAGGCCCCGCCCUACGCGCGCCGCGCCUGCCCCUACCACUUUCAGACUCCUUCUCCCAGGGACACCGGCUUCAGACCUCUCUCCCACCCUCCAUUCAAAUCACGCUCCUUUACUGCACUCUCGUGAGACCUGUCUUGUACCGGAAGACCCGCCCUCUAUGCCAUAGAGGCCAAUGGGCGAGAACAACAGUUGCGACGGUUGGGUUUUGAAGGAGCCAAUGAGCGCUCAGAGCGGAGAGUUUAAGAGGUACUGCUCAGUAGUGCAGAAGCCGGUCCGGGAUUGGAACCUGCUCCGGAACGCACGGGCUCACAGUGGGCACCGACUCUCAGGACCCCUUUCCCUUCCGGGCGCUCCCAUGGCGCAGUUCGUGUUCGAGAGCGACCUGCACUCCCUGCUUCAGCUGGACGCACCCAUCCCCAAUGCACCCCUCGCGCGCUGGCAGCGCAAAGCCAAAGAAGCAGCGGGGCCGGCCCCCUCGCCCAUGCGGGCAGCCAACCGAUCCCACAGCGCUGGCAGGACCCCAGGCCGAACUCCUGGCAAAUCUAAUUCCAAGGUUCAGACCACCCCUAGCAAACCUGGCGGUGACCGCUAUAUCCCCCAUCGCAGUGCUUCCCAGAUGGAGGUGGCUAGCUUCCUCCUGAGCAAGGAGAACCAGCCUGAAAACAGCCAGACGCCCACAAAAAAGGAGCAUCAGAAAGCCUGGGCUUUGAACCUGAACGGUUUUGAUGUGGAAGAAGCCAAGAUCCUCCGACUCAGUGGAAAACCACAAAAUGCCCCAGAAGGCUACCAGAACAGACUGAAAGUACUCUAUAGCCAGAAGGCCACUCCUGGCUCCAGCCGGAAGACCUGCCGUUACAUUCCUUCCCUGCCAGAUCGGAUCCUGGAUGCUCCUGAAAUUCGAAAUGACUAUUACCUAAACCUUGUGGAUUGGAGCUCUGGAAAUGUAUUGGCUGUGGCACUGGACAACAGUGUAUAUUUGUGGAGUGCAAGUUCUGGUGACAUCCUGCAGUUGUUGCAAAUGGAGCAGCCUGGAGACUAUGUAUCCUCUGUGGCCUGGAUUAAAGAGGGCAACUACCUGGCUGUAGGCACCAGCAAUGCAGAGGUGCAGCUAUGGGAUGUACAACAGCAGAAACGACUUCGAAACAUGACUAGUCACUCUGCCCGAGUGAGCUCCCUAAGUUGGAAUAGCUAUAUCCUGUCCAGUGGCUCACGCUCUGGCCACAUCCACCACCAUGAUGUUCGGGUAGCAGACCACCAUGUGGCCACACUGAGUGGCCACAGCCAGGAAGUGUGUGGACUGCGUUGGGCCCCAGAUGGACGACAUUUGGCUAGUGGUGGCAAUGACAACUUGGUCAACGUGUGGCCUAGUGCUCCAGGAGAGAGUGGCUGGGUUCCCCUGCAAACAUUUACCCAGCAUCAAGGUGCUGUUAAGGCUGUAGCAUGGUGUCCCUGGCAGUCCAAUAUCCUAGCAACAGGAGGGGGCACCAGUGACCGACACAUUCGCAUCUGGAAUGUCUGCUCUGGAGCCUGUCUGAGUGCUGUAGAUGCCCAUUCCCAGGUGUGCUCUAUCCUCUGGUCUCCCCACUAUAAGGAGCUUAUCUCAGGCCAUGGCUUUGCCCAGAAUCAGCUGGUUAUUUGGAAAUACCCAACCAUGGCCAAAGUGGCUGAGCUCAAAGGUCACACAGCACGGGUCCUGAGUCUGACCAUGAGCCCAGAUGGGGCCACAGUGGCAUCAGCAGCAGCAGAUGAGACCCUGCGGCUGUGGCGCUGCUUUGAGUUGGACCCUGCACGACGACGGGAACGGGAGAAGGCCAGUGCAGCUAAAAGCAGCCUCAUCCAUCAAGGCAUCCGUUAAUGACAGACCAACCCAUCACCUCAGUUUUUUUUAUUUUUCUAAUAAAGUCAUGUCUUCCUUUCU